AUGCCCGGCUACGGUCGCAACCCCGCGAUGCUAGCGGGCGAAUACUGCGAGAAAUGUGCGGAAGGUUGCAAAUCCUGCACACAGGCCGGUGCCAAGAAAUGCGAUACAUGCGGCGACGGCUAUGCCCUCAUUGUCGCGCAACAGAUCUGUGGUAAGUGUGCCGACAACUGCCGCAAAUGCGGAGUACCCGGCAAAUGCAAUCAGGGUCAAUGCAAGGAUGAAUAUCUGCUCACUGAGGGCAACGAGUGCGGACUAUGCCCCGACAACUGCGACGAAUGCACUUACGGAUUGAAGUGCGAUGUUUGCAAGCCGCCUUUUGGCUGGACCGACGAUUGGAAGUGUGCCAAGUGCGAGCCCAACUGCAAGUCUUGCAGAAAAAACGGAGCCGCGAAGUGCGACGAGUGCAAGGAGAACUAUGCGCUGAACAAGGGCACCAAGAAGUGCGAGAAGUGUGCCGAUCACUGCAAAAGUUGUGACACUCAAGGGGGCGGCAAGUGUGAUGUCUGCAAGGCCGGGUACGGAUGGACAAAUGAUUGGAAGUGCGCACCCUGCGCUGCAGGGUGUAAGGACUGUGCCCAGGCAGGAGCAGGGAAAUGCAACAAUUGCGAGGCCAAGCAUGCAUGGAAUCAGCAGACAAAUGCCUGCGAGCCCUGUGCCCCGAAUUGCCAGAGCUGUGGUCGUGCGGGCCCUGGUUGGUGCGAUGUGUGCGAGGAUCCCUAUGAGGUAUCGAAGAAGACAUGGAUGUGCGAACGCUGUGCGACGAAUUGUGUGGAGUGCAAGAGCGCAGGUGGUGGCAAAUGCGAUGUGUGCAAGGCGGGGUACGGGAUUAUUGCAAGUCAGCAGACCUGUGACGAGUGUGAUCCAAGCAAGAAGCGGUGCAAAAGCUGCGAUCGUGCUGGCGCUUACAAAUGCGAUCAGUGCAAACCUGGUUACGAGCUCGGCAAGGCGUCAUUGACGUGUUUGAAGUGUGCCAGCAAUUGCGCCACUUGUGCGACUGCCGGAGAGGGCAGAUGCGACUCGUGCACCGAAGGCUAUGCCCUUACCUUGGACUCGCAGAACACAUGCCAGCCCUGCGGAAAGAAUUGCCUCGGUUGUGCUCGCGCCGGGCCAGGCAAAUGUGACAGCUGCGCAGACGGUUUUGCACUUGACACUGGGAAAACCUGCAAACCAUGUGCUUCCAACUGCAGAGUUUGCAGAAAAGAGGGUCCAGGGCGUUGUGACGAUGGGGGCUGCCAGCUCAAAUACGAGCUCACAGCAGCUCGUACUUGCGCCCCAUGUGCCGAUCAUUGUGACAGCUGCAAGACUGCCGGCGGUGGGCUCUGUGACGUUUGCGCCUCACACUACGGUCUCACUACUGGCCAGACCUGCGGUAAGUGUGCUGACAAUUGCAGAACCUGCCAGAAUGCAGGCGCAUCCAUGUGCGACGAGUGCAAUGACGGCUACGUCCGCACAGAUUCGAAGACAUGUGCAUCCUGCGCCAAGAACUGCCGCGGCUGCGCCAUCGCUGGUGCUUACAAGUGCGACGCCUGCGAGCCGAAAUAUGGACUCACCGAGUCUCGUUCGGCACGGGAGACCGUCUUCGCUCCCGAAAGCCACGCACCUUUGACCGGUGAGAUUCAGAUGGAGUCUCUGGGCCAGGGCGCGAACCAUGCUCAGGCCUUCCAGACUGCCCUGAUGUACCCAAGUGGAAAGUGGGCCGGCUACUACGUGCAACUCGCAGAAGACGGUUCCGGCCCCGAAAGAAAUCCAGUCGAGUUUGACAUCGAAUUCGGGCCCGACGGGUCCAUCAGUGGCAGUGGUACGGAUGACGUCGGUGAAUACUGGCUCAAAGGUCAGGGAACGCAGACAGGCAGCAUAUGGAUUACCAAGUCCUACAGCUCCCAUGAGGUGCAGUACGAGGGCAAGAUGGUUGGCUCCAAUCUGGCAGCGGGAAUCAAGGGCACCUGGCGCAUCCACGACGACUCCGACGGCGGCAUCCAUGCGGAGGAUCGCAUCAACAAUGACACCUUCUACAUUUGGCCUCCGGAGUCUUGA